UCAGUUCCAAGUUUGGAGCUUUUAGCUGCCAGCCCUGGCCCAUCAUGUAGCUGCAGCACAGCCUUCCCUAACGUUGCAACUGGGGGAAAAAUCACUUUCCAGUCUGUUUUGCAAGGUGUGCAUUUCCAUCUUGAUUCCCUGAAAGUCCAUCUACUGCAUCGGUCAAGAGAAACUCCACUUGCAUGAAGAUUGCACGCCUGCAGCUUGCAUCUUUGUUGCAAAACUAGCUACAGAAGAGAAGCAAGGCAAAGUCUUUUGUGCUCCCCUCCCCCAUCAAAGGAAAGGGGAAAAUGUCUCAGUCGAAAGGCAAGAAGCGAAACCCUGGCCUUAAAAUCCCAAAAGAAGCAUUUGAACAACCUCAGACCAGUUCCACGCCACCUCGAGACUUAGACUCCAAAGCUUGCAUUUCUAUUGGAAAUCAGAACUUUGAGGUGAAGGCGGAUGACCUGGAGCCCAUAGUGGAGCUGGGACGAGGUGCGUACGGGGUGGUGGAGAAGAUGCGACACGUGCCCAGCGGGCAGAUCAUGGCGGUGAAGCGGAUCCGGGCCACAGUAAACAGCCAGGAGCAGAAAAGGCUACUGAUGGAUCUGGAUAUUUCCAUGAGGACCGUGGACUGUCCUUUUACGGUCACCUUUUACGGCGCACUCUUCCGUGAGGGUGAUGUCUGGAUCUGCAUGGAGCUCAUGGAUACGUCCCUAGAUAAAUUCUACAAACAAGUGAUUGAUAAAGGCCAGACGAUUCCAGAGGACAUCUUAGGAAAAAUAGCAGUUUCCAUUGUAAAAGCGUUAGAACAUUUACACAGUAAGCUCUCUGUCAUUCAUCGAGACGUCAAGCCUUCCAACGUCCUGAUCAACACUCUGGGCCAAGUGAAGAUGUGCGAUUUCGGAAUCAGUGGCUACCUUGUCGACUCCGUCGCCAAAACUAUUGAUGCAGGAUGCAAACCGUACAUGGCGCCCGAGAGAAUAAACCCAGAGCUCAACCAGAAGGGAUACAGUGUGAAGUCCGACAUUUGGAGUCUGGGCAUCACCAUGAUCGAGUUGGCCAUCCUUCGGUUUCCCUACGACUCGUGGGGAACUCCUUUUCAGCAGCUCAAACAGGUGGUGGAGGAGCCAUCGCCACAGCUCCCCGCAGACAAGUUCUCCGAAGAGUUUGUUGACUUUACCUCACAGUGCUUGAAGAAGAAUUCCAAAGAAAGGCCAACAUAUCCAGAGCUUAUGCAACAUCCGUUUUUCACCCUACAUGAAUCCAAAGCAACAGACGUGGCAUCUUUUGUAAAAUCAAUUCUCGGAGACUAAAAACAAUGGACUCAAUCGGUUGACCCUCCUGUGAAUUGGGACACAAAACCUGAAUUCCAGAGCCUUCAAAAUGAAAUUAUCCUUCUGGGGGAAGCACAUUGCCACCAAAUACAUCACUCACCACCUGUUCCUGGUGUCUGCAAAGAAGAAGUGUCAUUUCCCUGAGGUUUAGAGAGUCACUGUUUACAGCUAUGCAGAUAUCCUACCACUGCAGGUUUUCUAAUGGAACCAUUUGGAAUCAAAUUUAAGCUGGGGUUUAUCUUUUCAGUUCCUGACCCAAACUCCUUUUU